AUGGUAAUUGAGAAUGCAGCCGCUUUUUCAUCGAGUGCUUAUUUAAGGAAACGAAAGCAGGCUGGGAGGGAAGUCGUUGAUGGGACCGAAGAUGCAAAUCAUCUUAGAAGGAAACAAUUGAAACCUUUAUCUUUGCAAGAACACAAUCCAACAUCACACACAGACUCGGGAAUCAAGAAAUUGAACGGUGCUAGUCAGCUCAGAAAGACGAAUCCAAUUGUUAAAGACGAAAGGAAGUCGAAACAGCCAUCUGAUGAUAAAGUGGAAUGGCUAGAAAAAAUACGGAUGAUGCUGGAGUCUCACAAAGCAUUAACUGGUAACAACGGCCAUAAUCCCUUGGAAGCCUCUAGGACUAUUCGAAAAAUAAAUCAGAUCAAGGAGAAUACUGCUACUGUAGUAGAGGUAUCUAGAGAGUCAUUCAUGAAUACUUCGUCUUUGCUUGAUAAGGAUCAAGUUCAUGAUUUAGAGUCUGCUUAUUGGAACUUGAAAGAAAGAUAUUCUGAAGCAACAUAUUCCCUAGCUGAGAAAGAUAAAAGCCAUCAAUCAGAAUUACAGUUACUCCUAGAAAGCUUGGAAAGAGAUAAAGGCUUAUUAAACACGCUUACAGCUCAAAUUUCAGAAAAAGAUGAUGUUUAUGAGUCACGAAUCAAAACCCUUCGUGGAUUGUUAAACGACAAGGAUGUCCAAUUGGCAAAACUUCAAGGAGAGCUUGGAAAUAUAAAGCAUCAUGAAGGAAAGGGCCGAAAAAAAUUGGAGCGCGAGCUGCAGCAGCAAAUUGUUAGUGUGCGUGAACAAAUUGUGAACAUUAUUGCGGAAUACAAGCAUUCGUUUGAGGAAAUGCAGAAAGGUUUCUCCAUAAGGAUCUUUGAUUUAAAAAAGGCAUACCAGGCACAGCUUCAAGAAAACGUGGUUUACUUUGAGAAGAGGAAAGAAGAGGCGCGAUUACAAGAAAAUAGUAGCAAAGGAUACUAUGAAUCUCUGCUUUCUGAGAAAAAUACCGAAUUUAACCGGUAUCAGCAAAUGAUGGAAGCGAAGAUUUCCACUAAACAAAGAGAACUAGAUGAAAUUCAAGUAGAAUUGGACCGAACGAGCAAACAGUUAUCCGAAAAAAAGAAAGAACAUUUGAUGGCUCUAGAUGAAGCCGACAAGCUCAACAUGCUUUUGAAAGAAAACCAACAGAUGGUAAACGACAAAGGUCAUACUUCUUCCGAAUUCGAGUAUAAAGUGUACGAACUAACAAAAUCGAAUGAAUCAUUAUCUAGAAAACUUUUUGCUGAGGAGUCUCUUCGACGGCAACUACACAACACCAUUCAAGAAUUAAAAGGAAAUAUUCGUGUCUUUUGUAGAAUCCGGCCCUUCUUACCUCGCGAACGAAAAAAAUCGGAAGAGAUUGAGUCAGUCUUUCAUUACCCAGAUAGUCAUUCUUUAGAGCCUCGGGAAUUAUUACUUAAAGGACCUACUGUAGAGUCGUCUCUUGGUCAUGUACAUGAUAAAAACUAUUUUUUUUCUUUUGACCGAGUAUUUUCUCCAGAAGCUACGAAUGAAUCUGUAUUUCAAGAAAUCACUCAUCUAGUCCAAAGUGCUAUUGAUGGGUAUAAUGUGAGUAUCUUUGCUUAUGGGCAAACUGGAUCCGGAAAGUCCUAUACCAUGUUGUCGAAUGAUGGUAUGGUAACUCGAGCUGUAAAGCAGAUCUUUGAGUACAUCGAGCUACUUAAGGAAAAGGGGUGGAACUAUAAGCUACAAGGGCAAUUUUUAGAGAUUUAUAAUGAAAAGAUUUAUGACUUAUUGGACAAAAAUGGCUUGAUGCAACAACAAAAGCAUGACAUUCAUCAUGAUGAAAGAGAGCGACGCACAACUGUGGAUAAUGUAAGAGUGAUAGAUUUUGAGGAUGAAGAUAUGGUCUACAAGAUGUUGGGAAAAGCAGCGGAAAACCGUUUUAUCGCUGCUACGAAAGCUAACGAACGUUCCUCACGGUCUCACACUGUCUUUACGCUAUACAUUGAUGGAUGGAAUGAAAGCAUGAAUCAGGUUUGCCGAGGAACGCUAAAUUUAGUUGAUUUGGCUGGAUCCGAGCGUUUAAGUUUUAGCCAAGCAGAAGGAGAACGUUUACGAGAAACCCAAGCUAUAAAUAAAAGUUUGAGUUGUUUGGGAGAUGUUAUUCAUGCACUUGGAGUUGCAGCUUAUGUUUCUGGUAAAGGAAAAAACCAUAUACCUUAUAGAAAUUCCAAGCUUACUUAUUUAUUGCGAUAUGCUUUAGGAGAAAAUGCAAAAACACUUAUGUUUGUCAAUGUUUCGCCGCUAAAGUCUCAGAUAAUGGAUACCCUGAAUAGUUUACGGUUUGCAAAGAAGGUAAAUGAUACGAGGUUAGGACCCAUGAUGAAGAAUCGUGAGUCGAUGUCAUUUGGUACAUAA